CGGGCGCCUGGGUUCUCUCCGUGGCCGGGGGGGAGGGUCUGCGCGCGCGCGCGCCUCAGCGGACGUUGGUGCCCCCACAAGGCUGCGCGCGCCCCUCCCUCCCCCCAGCCCGCGCGCACGGCCGCCUCGGGAGUGUCCUGCGCUCCCGGGGGACCCGCCCUGGCGGCUCGCGCCGGGGGGCGGAGGGGCCCCUGCUGGCCGUAAAUUGGCUUAUUGCUCUGGGUCUUGAAGCCCGAGAUCUAGUCACCUCGCUGCAGAAUUAGGUUGUUACUGGUCAGGAAGGUACCCAGCCCCUUCAGGGUCCCCGCCCCAGCGUGGGGACUGUCUGGAGGCGGCUCCUCAUUGCUCGGCUUCCCGUUCCCAGGUGCUGCAUGCUGCACUGACCGACCGCGAUGUCCUUGGAGUCGGAUGAGGGCGACGUCGAGGACCUGCCAAACUUCACUUUCCUAAAGCUGCAGCCUCCUGCGGUAAAAAACAGCAGCCGCCGCUGGCAGCCUCCUUCAGAGGAGAGAGUUGUGGUGGUCUGCAGCUCUGACUCCGAGGAAUCCUCUCCUCCUUCCCCGGGGUGGGAAAAGUUCCCUGGCAACCAGGGUUCUGACCGAGCCAGCUCUUGUAAGGAUGUGAUUGCAAGGCUAAGCAGCGAGAGCGAGGAGGAAGAGGAGAUAAUCCCCUUGUCUGAAAGGCUAAGGGGGAAAUUGGUGAACAGCCAGUCCUCCAAAACUAGUAUUUUGCUUUCUGAGGCCCAGCAACUGAGUAGCUGUGAUGCAGUGUGUAAAGCUAGGGGUACUGUGCUCCAUCAGAACUAUGAACAAGUGGUUACUGACUGCAGACAACAGUUGCUGCCAAAGGCUUCUGACACCCAGAUAAGAACCCUUGUCUCAUCCUGGGAAGUGUCAGAUAGUGACCAAGAUGAUGCCACACAGGAUUCCAAGAGGGUAUCUUUGCAUCAGCCUCCAGUUUGUCUGUCAGACUCUCCAGCUUGGAGUAGCAGGUCUCUGGUGGCAGAGGCAAGUUCAGAAAUGUCCCCUCCUCAGAAGAAGUCAAAACACAGCCAGGAGGAGAGAGAGAGGGCUCAUCAGGCUGCGUUGCAGAGGAGGAGAGAGCGGGAAGUGCAGAAGGGGCAGCGGGAGCAGGACCGAGAGAGGAAAAAGGAACUUGCCAAUAUGCUGAAGGCCCAGCGACCAGAAGAGUGCCUGAAAUACAUAACUGUGGUUCUGGAUCCAGUUCUCUUACAGGUAGAAGGAGGUGGGCAAGUCCUCAGUGCUCUGCAGUCCAUGAACUGUGGCUGUGUGAUUGAGAGUCAGGCUGUUCCCUGUAGCAUCACCUGGAGGAGGAGGAGGGCUGGGUCAUCUCAGGUUGAAAAAGGCAGCUGGAUAGAAGAACCCAAUAUCCUGAUUCUGCUUCGCCUGGAGGAUUUUGUAUCCAUGAUCUACAGCUACAGGCAGGGUGGCACAGAAGGACCGAAAGAGACUUUACGGAGCUUCGUAGCUUGUGUCAUGGAGAGAGCUCCUAGGAAAACUCUAGCACUGGCUGUAGUUGAACUAGAAAAAUAUUUCAGAUCUCACAAAGUUCAGUCCCGGAAGAAGCUGCGGCAGGCAGUGCUGAAUGGAAGCCAAGUAGAAGGACAAGGGAAACGGAAAAAACGGAAGGAAAAGGGGGAUUCUGGCCCAGAGCUGUCCAGGGUGGAAGUGGAAGAAGCAUUGGUGGAUCUGCAGCUUCACACAGGAGUCCAGGUUAGAAUCCUUGAGAGUUGGAAGGAACUUGGAGACUUUGCCAGUAUGUUCACCAAAGCUGUAGCUGAAGCACCGUUCAAGCAAGAGCGAGAGAAGACCGGCUUCUCCUUCUACCUGGAGAGUGAGUGGUGUAGGGGAGUGAAGGUGGACCGCUCAGGGAAGGGACUCUCACAAGUUUGGAGGAGGCAGAUCCAACAGUUCAACCGGGUCAGUCUGGAGAUGGCCAGCGCCAUUGUAGCUGCAUACCCUUCUCCUCUGCUUCUGGAUCAGUUGUGUUCAUGGCACAGUCCUUAACAGUGCACAUAGUCUAUACGUAUUGAAUUCCUGCUGACAGUAGGUGCUGCCUCUUGGCUGCCAAGUGAGGUCUGGUGGGAGAACUGAUGAAAGGAGUGUAAAACAUGAAAGGCUGAAGCAGAGAAGGAACCCUUCCCCUCUGUCCUUUGAGGACAAAGGAACGUGACAAUGGAUGAAAUCACCCUUCCUUUGUACUGUUUUUAGGCCUAUUGUAGAUGCCUUUCAGAGCAGGAGCAACAGAACAUGCUCGCUGACAUACCUGUGCGCCGUGGCAAUGGUGUAACUGCCACUUCGCGGCGGAUUGGACCAGAACUCUCCAAACGGAUUUACCUGCAGAUGACCUCACACCAUCCUGAUCUCUCUUUGGAUAUCACUGGCUAGCCCAAGAGAACAUGGAUUUUACUGGUUGCCUGGUUAAACAUAUUCAUCUCCCUUCUAGGAAGAAAAGUGUAUUAAUAAAUGGAGUCAUGGGUCUUGCUUGUAAAGACUUAAUCUCCUGUUUCUGAAGCCUGCAAUGGAGAACACCUGCCCUGUGGCACAAAGAUGCCUGAAAUACUCUACAGGCGGUGUUUUCAGAAGGCACUGCAAUGUUUUCCUUAGCCAAGGUGCUGUGCUACUGCCCUCAAGUGCAGUAGUGAUAGUUUCUUUCUGCAUAUGAUAAACUGUAUUUUCUGUCCUGGGAAUAAAUCUUCUCUACUCUU